ACGUGAAAUUGUAUGUUAUCAAAAGUGAAAAUAAGAUUCCGAGAGUGGGCCAAACCCAGAGAGACAGAUAUCGAAUUGUGUUAUGCGACAUUUGUCAAGAAUAUUUUGGACCUAUGUGAGGUAGCAGUGAGGUUUUUGUGUUAGCGGGACAUCACAACAGUAAUGGAUCAGUAUAAUGGGCCUCAGCCUCAUCUGGGGCCACCAGGUGCACAACCUGCCAUUCAGGCACAACCCAAUUGGUCAUAUCCUCUUUCUGUGCAACCAGUUGGACAAAAUUAUGGUCAGGCACCAUCAGCUGAACAGUAUCCUUAUCCUGUGCAACCAGUUGGACCAUAUUAUCAGGUACCGCCGGCAUACUAUUCUUGUCAGCUACCGAACCAACACCAUGGUCCCUGUGGGUAUCAGGGAUAUGAAACCUUUAGUCCUGGGGUUAAUCCUUGCCCUGGUGUAUAUUCAGUUUCCCAGCACCAUUAUCCCCAACACAUGGGCUAUCCUGCCUUAACAUGUCCUCCCCCUCCAGGAUUUCAUAGUCAAGCUUCACACAUGCACACAAAUCCACACCAGAUGCAUACAGGUGCAUAUCCACAACAGAGAAAUGAUUUGCAAGUAUCUUCUGAAGGAACUGCCCCACCACCAGGAUUUCAAGAAUAUCAAGUUUCAGGACAGGUCAGGACAGGACACCAUCAGAAAGUCUUCACUCCAGUCAUCCACCAGCAGAGUGGCUCAGCUCCAGCUGAUUUGAUCAAUCAGCCUCACAUUUCUGGCACUCAAGAUCUAGAAAAAUUUGGUAAUCCUCCAAAUACCCAAGGCAUAAUAGGUCCAGAUUCUUUAAAGUGCCAAGAGCCAUUCAAGGAACCUACCAAACAUGUCCAGACUGACCCGGAACCACAGAGCGAAAAGAAUGUCAGUGCAGACAUGACAGAUAUAAUUGAAAACAUGUCUUCAAUGACCAUUUCCCUUGAAGCCUCUGGCAUGGGUGGCUCUGGGACCAGUUCAGAGGCUGCACUAAACCAAGGGGAGGCAAGUCAAGAUGCUCCUCUUCAGCAGAAAUCAGAUCAAGAAGACUUCAAACAGACAGAUUACCAUCAACAGCAGGUACAGAAAACACUAGGCCAUAAUGUCUUGUCAGAAGAGAAAAAAUUUGCAGGAACUGCAAGUGAUGGCCAAUAUACCAGUCCCAUUGACCAAGAGGAUUCCCAACUGGGUGUCACACUGAAGGUGUCCAAUAUAAACCCUGAAACCCCCAAGGAAGACCUCAUAAACUUUCUAGAAGCCCUUUGCAAUGUUGAAGUGGAGCAGAUCAAAUACACUGAAGAGAAAGACAUUGCUGUUGUCACCUUUCCAUCCAGUGUUGAUUUUCAACAAGUGAAAGGUCAGCACAGUAAAAAGAAGAGGCGUUUGAAUGGUCAUCUGGUUGAAUUGGCACCAUUAGGAUCUACUCACAAGCUAUCCGUGCAAGGCCAUAGUAGAGAACUAACACCAGCCUCACUACAGAAGUACUUUGAGAGUCCAGACUCUGGAAAUGACCUUAAAGUACCAAUUGAAGAUGUAUAUGAACGACAGGAUGAGGACUAUUUUGUUGUCACUUUCAAGGAUUCAGAAGCUGUCCAAAGGAUAGUAUCAAAGGGAAGCCAUCACCUUGGAGGUGCAAAUAUCCUAGUCCAUGAGUUUUAUGAGAGUGUAGGACGUCCUGUCAGACUGUGUGAAGAUGAUGAAAAGGAAACUUCUGCAAUAAUUGACCGUUUAGAACUUGCUGAGAUCCGAGUUCUUGAGAAAGAUUUUAUUCCCACAUGGGAGAAAAAAGGUCUGAAGAUCACAACUGAUGAGAAGACCUCAAUUAUGUUUGAAGGUCAAGCUCAGAUGGUGAUAGAAGCUAAGUCUAAACUUGAGAACCUGCGAAAAGAUAUGUCAAAACACAGACAUAGUUUUAAAUUUUCCCUAUCAAAAAUUUGUCUUUUGAGGAAGUUGGAAACAGAAUUAUAUAUUAGGGGUAAACUUCAGGCAAGCCAGUUUUGUGGUGGCUGGCAGCUUGACAAAGAUAACAGAGUCACAAUAAUGGCACUCUCAGGGGUAGAUGUAUCAUCAAUGACUCGCCUUCUUGAAAAAUGUCUUGUAGAAAAAGAAGUUGACCUGUUUGGUAUUGAUUACAAAAGCUUUGAAGAUAGAUUUACGGCCCAAAAGACUGGUACAUGUUUUGAGUUGAGUCCUAAAAGCUCAAUGGUCCUGAUCACAGCUACAGAUAAGGAUAUUGUGAGUCUGAAGAAAGAUGCUGAUAUUGUUGUGGCUGCAUUGCGGAAAGAAAACCAACGGAUGGGGAAGGCAGUCGUCACCAAGAAAAGUGUCACAAUAUGCCCACUUGUUAUGAGAUUUGUCCUGAAGCAAAGUCAGAAAUUCAAUGAACAUGAUGUCAAGGUUUAUCCCACAUCUGAAAAUCAGCUUUGCAUCGAAGGUUCAGAGAAUUUCUGUUCAACUGUGUCCAAGCAUGUGAAGCACAUUCAAGACAGAGUAAUGACAAAAACUUUGGAAGUUGAAAAUGACCAUGUCAAAAAACUUGAAAAAGCACAGUUAAUUUCAAGUCUGGUGAAGUAUGUUGAGAAGGCCACCCAAUGUGUUGUUGAUGUUGAUGUCAAAACAGGUAUCCAUGAAGUGAAACAGGAGAGAUGGGCAAUUGGUAAGGGUCGUACCUUACAUGUCGUCCAAGCUGACUGGAGACAUUUGGACGUGGAUGCACUUGUGAUUGCAGUUGACAGUCAGUACCAACCCCUUGAUGAAGUAUCAAGACAAGUACUCAAAGAAGCUGGAAGACACACAAGAGAUGAGAUUGCACAGAAUAAGAUCGAAAGAUCAGCAAUAUUGUCACAUGGAGACACAGUGUCAACAUCUUAUGGAUCUCCAGGUUGUGUGAAAGCCCUACUGCUUCUGUGCAUAUCAAUCAAAGGCCAUGAUGAGGAUGCUGACAGAAUGUCAUUUUCAAAAGCAAUCCAAAAUUGUCUUGUGACUUGUGACCUGAAACAGUUUUGUUCCUUGGCUAUUCCAGCAUUCAAAUUGUCUAUAGGACUGAAUGAUCAUAAUAUGGCACAAGACAUUUUGAAAUCUCUGCAAUCCUAUUUUAGUGAUGGUACAUCACAGUCCAUCAAGAAUGUGGUACUGCUCAGUGAAGAUAAAUAUGCUUACACUGCAUGUCUUGAAACUGCUAAAAUAUUCCUGCCUGAUACCAAGAAAACAAUUUCAAGCAGAAGAAAUAGAGUGUUUGCAAAAGAGAACGAACAGAUGGCAGAAAGAGAUGCUAUUAGUGUUUCAGUUAUCAAGGGAGAACUUGUGAAACAAGAGGUUGAUGUCAUAGUGAACACAGUCAGUCCAACUUUGAAACUUGAUGAGGGUGCCAUUUCCAAGUCAAUCUUUGCAGCAGGAGGCAAUGAGCUUCAAAUACUCUGUUACCAAGCCUGCCCAGCAGUCUUUCUGAGAGGACAAUUUGUAGCCACUAAAGCUGUAGGAAAGUUAACUUGCAAAGAAGUUUUCCACUGCUGUCUCCCAUCCAAACACUUACAAAACAGUGGAGCGGUCUUUUUGCAAUUGAUGAAGGACAUGCUGGAUGCAGCUGCAAGCAAACAAUUUCACAGUAUUGCUCUACCAGCUCUUGGCACAGGCAACUUGGGCUAUGACGCAAGUAAAGUUGCUGGGUGGCUGUAUGAAGCAAUUCGGACACACAGGGAAGUCAAUCCCAGCUCAAGUCUGAAAAAAGUAUUGAUGGUGAUCUUUCACAAGGAUAACAAAUCAUUUGAUGCAUUUCAAACUCAACAGAAAAUGUUUGAAGAAAAACCUGACACUGCAGGAUAUAAAAAAGAACCAACUUAUGCAGAUGUUGCUGCACCCAAGACAAAUAAAGGCAGACGUGACAGAAGAAAAAUUGAAAUCAUCUUGACAGAGGGCCAAAUUGCAAAGCAGCAGACUGACGUCAUUGUGAACACAGCAGACAAUUGGCUGGAUUUAAGCAAAGGAGCAGUGUCACAGUCGAUUUUAAAGGAAGCAGGAAGUUCUAUUCAAGACGAAUGCAACAAAAAGUAUAAGUGGCAAACACCCAUUCUUGAUGGGACAUUUGUUGUCACAAAAGCAGGGAAGUUGAAAAGCCACUAUAUUUAUCAUGUGUGCUUGCCAAGGUUUUCUUACCCAGGAAGCGACGCAAAGUUCAAAUUGUCCGAUGUGAUCUUACAAUGCUUAAAGACUGCAUCAGACCACAACAGCCAGAAGAUAGCUUUCCCAGCACUUGGUACAGGAUCACUAGCAUAUCCUCCUGAAAUGACUGCCAAAGUCAUGUAUGAAAUGGUGAAGAAAUUUGAAGAGGCAGUACCUCAAACUUCAAUUGAGAAAGUAGUAUUCGUUGUUUAUCCCAAAGAUAAGCAUACAGUUUGGUCAUUCAAGUGUGCUGAUGAACAGUAUAAAAUGCAUCAUGGAAGAGGGGCUACCCACGGGGGAGGAGGAGCUACACAUGGAGGAGGAAGGGCUACACAUGGAGGAGGACGAGCUACACAUGGAGGUGGAGGGGCAAUGGGAGGACAAGCUGCUUCCACCGGAAAACCAGUGGAUUAUAAGUAUCACAACAUGCAUGUGACUAUCAAGUCAGGAGACAUCUUGAAUGAGACUUGUGAUUGUAUUGCUAUCACUGCUGAUCCAACACUCAACUUAUGGAAAGGAACCAUAACCAAGAAUCUACUACAAAAGGAUAGAGGAAAUCUCCUUGAAAAAAAUUGUAAAGAACCAUCUCAAAGAAAGGAAUAUGACUCAAAAGGAAUGCUGAUGAUAUCCAGUUUUCAUUGCUGCUCAGCAAACAUGCUGCUUCUGUUGAACAGAGAUAUGGUAAAAAGGGAUCAACAACAGGCAAUUUUGAAAAGUCUCGAAUUUGCAAACCUCAGAGAAAACAUCAGUUUGGCAUUUCCAAUCUUUGCCCGUGAUCACAGGAACGCUGUGGAAAUGGCAAAAGAUCUUCAAAAAGCUCUAAAAGCAUAUGACAAUUCUGGGUCAUGCCUAUUUCACAUCACUGUGGUUGUGUAUGAAAAUGAUAUGCUAGCAGCUUUCAAAAAGAAGUUUGCAGAACUGAUGUCUGAGGAGACGAAACAAGUAUUUGGUGCAAGUUUCCAACCAGUGGAGGAACCCUCUCGGUAUGAAGACACGCCAUCUUCUAACCCACGUGACGGAAACAUGGUUGGGACCUUGCCUUCAGUUCUAAUUCCCGAGUCAGCAAUGUCCAAGAUGACUAAAGUGGAAUAUAGUGUGGCCUCAGAUCAGGAGAGUUGUAUUGAAGAAGCCAUUGGUAUCCUCAAGAAACUGAGUCAACACAGUCCAACUGUCCAAGAAGACAUAAAGGAUGAGAAAUUAAAGUGUAUUGAUUCUGGAAAGAAAGAAAGGUUGGAAGCUUUAUCACAAAAGUUUGAGAUUAAUGUGAAAGUUGUCUCACCUGCUGGAAUAUUGACACUAAAAGGAAAGUCAUUUCAAGUAUGUAAAGCCCUGAAAGAGGUCCUCCAAAUUAUUUCAUCAUUUCCAAAAGUUUUGAACCUGGAGGACGAUCAGGAGAGGAUGAGGUCAUUCUCUAGUCCUGCCACAUUCAGACAGAACUCUCAAGAAGUGACACCCGCUUCUUUGUUACCCAGUGAAGGUCACAAGGACAGCAGAAGUCGUCCAAGUGUUGCUGAUAAUAUCCUAUUGUCAACUCAAGAUGUGAAACCAAAGAUAAACAAUCUAUGGUGUACUCCAGCCAAACAAGAAACACCUGUUAAUAGCUUUGGUAAUGAAGAUGAUGAACACUUUGAAGAUGAGAAGCUGUAUGGGGAUGGCAACAUGGACUCAGUUGACAGAACAAAAGCUGCAUCAGCUUCUGCAUCUGCGUUGUUUGACGAUGAUAAGGAAGUAGAAUGGUUUGUGGUGGAUGACACAGACGAAGGAAGAAGACUACAGUCAUAUGACAGUAUGAACAGUAAAAUAGAGACAGCGUACUUGAAGGGUGACAACAGUGUAGUGCUUCAAGGACAGGAAGAAGAGCAGUAUGUGAUCGACUUUGACAAAAUGGAGGAAUAUUUGGAGGGAGAAGAGAAGGAUCGAGUUCCAGUCAUCAGACGACAGAAACUCACAGAUGCCGAUGCAACUCUGCCUCAGAAGCUACAAGGAAUUGACCCUGAAGGUAUGAAGCUUGUGCAGUUGGUUCGGUCAUCAUCCGAGUUCCUGAAGGUCACGGAACAGUUCACCAAAGCAUCCCAGUUACCCUCGUCAUCAGUAGUCAAGAUUGAGGAAAUACUGAAUGUUACAUUAUUCAAGAAUUAUGAAUCCAAGAAAGCACAAAUGUUGACACAAGACAUGAAGGAAGAUGAGUUAAGGGAGAAGCAACUCUGGCAUGGCCCUCUUGUCAAUACUGAUGUCAUUGUCAGUGUCAGCAACUUUGGCUUCAACAGGAACUACUGCAACUACAGUGGAGAGGAUGAUCUUGGACGAGGUGUGUACUUCUACACUAACAUUGGACCCAUUCUUAAAACGUCACAACCAGACCGAAGUGGACACCACCAUGUUUGUCUGUCCAAGGUGCUGACAGGGUGGGCAUGUCCAGGAAGGUCGACCUUGAGAGAUGCACCUGCUUCCUGCCACUCAGUGGUGGAUAUCGACUCCGCUCCAUCCAAAUUUGCCAUCUUCUUCGACAAUCAGGCUCUCCCCCUAUACCUCCUCACCUUCACAGCAGAGCAGAAGUAAAUGUGUUGAAGAAACUUGGUUAGAUAACAGAUUAUUGAAACAAAGUGAUCAAUCAUUGUUUAGUAAUGAUAAUGAGGUACUGUUUACCAACACCGGCUCUCGAUCAUCAGCUUAUGAGAUCACCUUGAUAAGUUCCUGCUGUCAAUUUGAAAUAUUAUUUCACUUAUCAACAGUAGAACUAGACAAAUCCCAGCUCUGUUGUCUGAAUGGUGUUUGAAAUUAUAUGUAUGCUUUGUCUGAUGGGAUUUUAUGAUUACCGGUUUUAUUCUUGGGGAUUGAUUUUUAAUCAGGGACAAUUGAAAAGUUAAUCUUCACUUAACAUGUAAACCUCUUUUAACCCCUGGUUCUAGCAGUGAGGCCUCCAAUAGGCCACAAUGUCCAGUGUGGAACUGGUCAAAUGGAAUUAGUUUAAAUAAAGAACACCUGACUGAUGUAUUUUUUUAAGAGGAUGUUCACAACAGGGGUGAGUGUCUUCAGCUGUUUAUGGUUAUAGCUCUGCUGUUCUAUAUGAUGGCUCAAUAAUGCCCUGCAUUUUCAGCAAGGAAAUUGUUAUAGUUAUAUAAAAUAUAGUUGUGCUAAUGGAACUAUUUCAUAUAUGAUGCUAAUGUACAAACAGAAUUAUAUACUGACUCUCUUUACAGCAAUCAUACAACUUUGUACUUUAACAUUUGACUGUGUUUCUAAAGUCAACUUUUUAUGUUUGUCUUAUUGAUAUUUUAUAACAAAUAUGCAAUGCAAAGAAACAUCAUUUAUAUGCUUAGUUUAGUUUGUUUGAACAUUUUAUCCAAUAUGAAAUGAUCAUGUACAAAUUACCUCAAAUUACAAUUCCUUAUCCCGAAAGGAUGUACGAUAACAAAUUACAUAUACAUUUGAGAAAUGAGAGAGUAAGAUUGAUAGAAGGAAGAGGCAGAUAUCUAUAUCUAUAUUUUGUUAUAUUACAAAAAUGUUUUGUCUGUUAGUCUCUAAAUGCUUUGUAGUUUAAGUUUUAAAUGAGUUUUGGUUUGUUCAAGUUACUUAAUUAAUCGGGUUACAGUGCUUCUUUCCUGAUUUCUAGCUGUUUGACUUGUCAAUAUUUCUGUGAGUAAUAUUCUAUGGCUGUCAAUGAUGUAAAUUUCAGGAACUGACUUAUAUCAGUUCUUCAAGUUUUUUACAACAGUACACUUAGACAAUAACCAACAAAGAAGCAUGGUUUUUGUUUCCCCAUGUACAAAAAUUGUGACCUUCCAGAGCCUGAGGAAAGGGACUUAUAAUUUAUGACAGAUAAUCUUUAAUUCCUAGUUUAAAUAUGUUACCAAUAUAAUAUUAUUACCAUCUAAAGAUAUUAUAAUAAUAGACCUCCUCCGUGGUCUAGUGGUAGAGCGUCCGCCCAGAGAGUGGAAGAUCCGGGGUUCGAUUCCCGACCGCGUCAUACCAAAAGACGUUAAAAGAUGGUACUU